CUUCGACAGUACGAUGUUUCGUUUGUGAAAGUUUAUAGUUUAAUGUUUUCGAUCUAUAGUCGGUACAAAUUAAUAUAAAUAAUUCUUCUCCCAAGGGAACUAAAGAAAAUUACACGCAAAUCGUUUUCUGGUUUACCUUGUCGUCAUUGAAUAUUGAAUUCUAUUGAAUAGUCGACAGCUAACAAGUGUGAAAAUUAGUAAAUAUGUCAAUUAAAUUGAGUUUGCUAUCCCGUAUAUAGUCGUGAUGUUCGACGUGUGACCAGUCGGCGUGAACCGUAUUUGCUUGCUUCGUUUGUGUUGUGAAUGUAGGAGGAGGAACAUAUUUCGCAGAGUCGUGCUAGGCGCUUGUAUCAAGGCAGGAACCAAAUUCCAGGAAACAAUUUUUUUUGGUACCUGAUUUUUAGCGCCUAAGGCGCCACCUAUGUGGCUUGACGCCGGUGUGCUAGGCUACAGCAGAAAUUAAGGGAUUUCAUCAGUAAUUCAACAUGGAACGAGAGGUUGCAACAUCAGCAGUGCGUGUCGUUUUGCUCUAUGAAAAAAUACAAAUCAUAUGGUGAUUUAGCAUAGAAAGCAAAUUGUGCUGGUGGUUGAAGUAGUGGGAAAAUAUAUCAUCAGAGAAAGUGCAGAAUUCGCAACAUAUAUUGUUCAUGAUAUAAUAUCAUCUGCGGAGAACUGGAAAAUCGAUGUGCACUACCUGAUCGGUCUCCACUAGCGAGACAAAUUCCGAAAAAAGUAUGGAUAUUAGCAUUCAUGACGCAGAUGAUGAAACUGUAUCGAAAGACAUCGGAAAAUAUCUUGAAGCAUCGUCACCCACGUUUUCAUUUCUACCGGCCACUUGUUCUGUUACCAACAAGGACGGCAAUCCGUCCGUGCCAGUCGAAACCGUCCGCUCAACGAGAGCGAAAGCGGCGUUUGUUUGUGACCUAGAUUUAAAAUCAUCGGUUGCCGGUGGGAAAGAUCGUCCCUAUCAUCACCAUUUGUUUGUGCAGCAUCACCAGCACCACAAACUUAACAACUUUCAACUGAAACGGGCCUCCGCUAGUAUCAAUACAUCUCCCAUCGCCAACAGUGUCGACAUGCGAGACAACUACUGCUUCUACCGGUUACAACGUUUUAUCGCACGAAAUCCGUUGCUCAACUACCUGCUGCCACUUUGUGUGAUAACUGUGCUAGUUUUCGUGAUCUAUGCCUUCCGGGAUUAUGCUAAAACGCUUCUGUACUGGAUUGAAACUCAAAAUUCCUGGAUUAUAUUCUGCAUUGUUCUGACCUUAUUUACAAUCGUCAGCUUUCCUGUGACAGUUGGUUAUCUGGUGUUGAUCAUUAGUAGCGGUUAUCUUUUUGGUUUUAUCAAAGGUCUCCUGACAGUGAUCAUCGGUGCAAAUCUGGGCGUGGCGAUUGCGCAUAACACCAUUAAAGGGCUACAGUCGAAACUGCCACUGCACAAGUUAAUCAAGAAUGAGACCGCCCGUGCCAUUCUGCGAGUGAUAUCAGGUCCCCGUGCAUUUAAAAUAGUGCUGUUUGCUAGACUGACACCCAUACCAUUCGGGCUCCAGAACACAAUCUUUGGGCUCAGUGCAGUAAAUUCGCGCAGCUACCAUACCGGAACGGUGAUAGGACUACUCCCUGCGCAAACUAUCAACGUGUAUUUGGGUUCGAAGUUGCGCUCGAUUCAUGAAGUGCUCAACGACCACAACGCUGCGCUUGGUCUCGCUGGGUACGGUGUGUUUGUAGUUGAGGUAAUUGUCGGCGCGGCCCUUAUGGUUUGGGUAAUACAGAAAGCGCGUACAGAACUGUCCGCCGCUUUACUGACUGAUAUAGAAGCAGACGAGAAGAUACUUAUCGAAAUCGAAGCGUGAGAGUUGUGAAACGAUGCAUGGAAUUAGUCUUUUCGUAACCGUUUCGGCUGUAAAUUGUGUAAACUUGUUUGAUAACUAGAUUUACAUGUUUUAGUAGGUAAGGAUAGCAAACCAAGAACGAAUUAAGUCGAAUAUUUUAUGAUUGAGGUGAUUUAUUGAGGUGUAUAUAUCUGAGAAAUAUCAUAGGUUAGUAUAUUUUUGUUCCUGCGAUAAAAUCCAAUCGGGCUCCGAUUUGCACUGAGCUGUAAAACUCAGUUGACCGACCUAUCAAACACUCUUCGAUGUGUUUUUUCGUUGAUAAUGCUAAACCGUCCAGAUUACUUUUAUACUAGAAAUAUUUUAAAUAUUUACAUGUUUUCCAAAAGCCAAAAAAAAACUUUUCAUUAGUGAUGUGCAACUUAGAACCUGGAAAUACUUGAAAUAAAUCGAAAAGCAUGAUAAGUCAUUGUUCGAGCAGUUCGCCAUAAAUUGACGUCACCGGACGAAACGAGCAUGCGCGUGAGGAUUUAUAUCGUAUUUAUACGCAUUAAGCUUCGUCUCUGUUGUAAUCUCAAGGCAUGCAUUAUGCUCCACUCGAGACCAAUUUUUAAAGCAAAUGUAGAAGUAAGCUGGAAAUUUCGCAAAAAGAAAAUAAUUAGGUACUGUCCGACCAUAUAACUCAGGAUAAGGAAGAAAUGGGAUAAUCCCAUUAAAGUAUUUUCGUUACAUCACGCUUAAGAUGUGCGUAAGUCAAUCAAUAUAACCGGACAAUUUCCGAUUAAAUUUGCAUAAUAAUUUGCUUGAGAUCCUCUCUUUGUUUACUUUCUUUAAUGUUAAUUAUUAAUUAAUUAUUGUGUACA